AUGACCCCGUCGCGCCCACCGCUGGGCCCGUCCCUCUCAUUCCCAGAGCCAUCGACGUCCACAAGCCUUGUAGCAAAAUUCCAAGUCGCCAAACGCAGAAUCGCCUCGACGUCCACACUCGAGUUCUUUGCACCAGCGGCAAAGUCGUUCCAGCCUUUACCGUACACUCCUCAUGCGCCCUAUGGACAAUCAGAAAACCGCUCGAGAGCAUUUUCCACACGUCAUCAAUCCAGAACUCACGAUUCGCUGGCCCUCCCAGGGAUGGAUCCCCAGCCUAACGAUCCCGAUGUUGUCUUUAUUCAUCCCCCAUUCACCGCAUUCCCCAAUUCUGAUCAGCAUCCUGAAGGCCUCUCCUAUCAGCUCAUGGCCGACAAUCCAGAUUGGUUCUUGGAUCCGACCGAUUUUAUAUCCCCUGGCAAUACCAAUCCUCAAGCAAUCCCUUAUCCCAACAUUCUCGAACCCCCUCGAGGCUGGUGUCCCGCGAAAAAGAAGGACCUCAAGGAACGGGGAUCCGAGGGAUGGCCCGAGGGUGAAGAACCACGCCUGCGCUGUACCUUCUGUAGGAGGACGUACGCUGGCGUCAAUGCAAAGAGUAUGUGGCGGCGUCACGUCUACGAGAAACACAAGAUCGCCAUGUCCAACCGACGAGAUGGCAACGACCGACCCAGGGAGGAAAACAAGCAGGUCACUAGUACUGCACCUCGUGAGCGUGAACGUGCGCGCGAGGAGCAACACGACCGCGUGCUUAACCUCCAGGUCGCGCCCCAAACCGACCCAGAGAACGUCUCGCACAAGUCGCGGUUCCGUUCUACGAUGAAGGCUGCUGACACCAGAGAGCCCAAGGAAAAGAAAGUCACUAUUUGCCUUCCACCGUCUAUCACGGCCGCAUCCCACAAGAAGCCUUCAAAGGAAGAUCUUGAAAACACACCAGUCGACUCGGACAUCAGGCAUUCCACUCCGCCUACUUCGCCCCAACCCACCCUCAGCUCUGACAAUGAUGCUGUUUCCAAACCCGAAGUCAUUGAGGCCUCCACGUCCACAUCCAACCUCCUCGCCUCUCCCUAUGACCCUCUUGCAACUCCUUCAUUCCGCCAUUCCCCAGGUCAACUCCCUUCUGACCGGCCAUGGCGAUUUGGUAGCCCUAACCACCCCCUUCACCUACCAACGAAGGACUAUUCCCUAUCGAUGCUAGCUGUGUGCGACACAUCUAGCCCGUUGGUCAAGCUUCCCAUUACGUUGGGGUCUAGUCCUCCGGUUCCGUCUUCGCCUUCCUCUACGCCUCUUGAUUCCUUUUUGAAGACCCCCUCGACUUCUAAUAUCUCGGCCAAAGGAUUCCCGCGGAGUUGGCUUGUCAAAGGACCUUUGGGGUCGCCACUUGAGAAGCAUACCAAACGCACCUUCAAGGACUUCUCCCCCCUCUCCCGCAGCACCUUUGGCAGUGGUUCACACCGUAGGACUCCUGGAAGGUCAGAUGAUUGGCUGACCGGUGACCUUGACCUCGCCCCAUUCCAAACCCCUUGGCCUGCCAUUCUCUCGGAUGAUGGGAGUCCAUCAAAGAGAACACAGCCCUUUAUUGAACCAGAAAGCCCUGUCGUUCGACGGGCGACCUCGAGCACCGUCGAGUUGGGUAUUGGUCUCCUGGACCCCUUCGUCCUUGAGGAUGAGCCACCGACAGUCGACGAGAUCGAAGCUGAGAUCAACGCUCUUGCGGGGUCCAAACGCGAAAGACGUAAUUCCGUCGGACCCAUCAAGCAACAUCCUUCACCCGAACCCCUGGAGUCAAGUCCUCCGCUCAAGAAGCGGAGACUGUCUUCGGAUUGA